AUAGAAGAUCCAGUUUCUAUCUGGUAUACGAAGAAUAUUUAAUCAUAUAGACGUUGGCGCCACUACUCUCUGUUAUUUUCUAUAUAUCCUAUGGCCUCGCAGUUCAAACAAAUCUACCCCACCAGCGGAUAUGGAUUCUUACACUUAUUCUUCCUCGUGGUCAUCAUCCUCUUCUAAUUCUCUAGUUGUUUCCGUGAAGCCGGUUCAGUCCCUUCAUUCAGUCCGUAAACCUCAGCCAAAACCAGAGAAAAGAACUGGAAUAUCACCGCAGCUGCCACCACCUAAAGUCUACAGGGUGAACUCCACCAACUUCCGGAAGGUGGUUCAGCGGCUCACGGGCGCACCGAAGCUCAAAUCUCAGCGUCUCAAAAGCAUGGCUCCCCCUCCCCUGCCGCUGCCGGUGCCAUCGUUUCUACAAUCUGAUGAUAAUAUCACCCAGCCGAUUCUGCUCUCUGGUUGUCCAAAAGGAGCCGCAACGCCGACCACCACCUAUGGCCAUUUGCUACCUGGGAUGUUCUGUGAUGAUUCAUUAAUGGCCAAUACUUCUCUUCAAAUCUGUUCGUCCCCGUCUUCUGCUUGGCCUUCUUUUCCAUUUUUGAGUCCUGGAACUCUACUUGCCUUGGAGCAAGGCACCGCGCUUUAGUUUCCCAUCUAUUUUCCCUUGAUUUCUCAUGCGAAUGGGCGGGAAAACAGGGGUUGAAAUGAGGGGAAAACAAUAAACUGUAAUAGUAGCAGGUUUGGAUGACGGUGGAAAGUCUUCGCAGAAAAGAAGAUCAUCCUGAUAAAGCCUUAAAAGUUGUGAAUAAACUUUUUUGGUAUGAUUGAUUGAUUGAUUGAUUUAUAAUAAUGCCGUCCAAAUGUCUCAAGACAAAUUACCAUUCAAUGGAUCGA